CAUUGAAUAGUAUAAAAAGCCUCCACAGACCUCCUCUUAAAUAUUGUCUAUUCCACCAAAGACAGCAAGAUGAAGACCAAAGGCUUAGCCAUCUUGCUAGCCUUUCUGUACCUUCAGACCACCCCCAUCACUGGGCAGCUGCAUUCUGAGCUGUUCUCCAAUUUCAAUGGCUCUCUGGAUGACCAUGGAAUCUGCACAUGUUCGAUAGAACUGCCAGACACAUCUUUUCCUGUUCAGAAGGUGGAAAAUUUGGAAAUCACAGCUCAUGCUCUCACAGAGAAAUUUGAGAAAGAACUGACUAAAGUAAAGGAGUAUACUAAAACAAUGCAGUUAUUUGAACAGAGACUCCUAAACCUAAGCAUGAGAAUUCAGGUCAUGGAAGAGACCAGUGUUGCUUACAAUAAACUGGACUUUGAGUUGCUUAAAUUAGAAGUGAGUGAGAUGCAAAAACUGGUCACAGAACUGAAAUCCAGUUUUGUUGGAAGCAAUGUCAUUAUUGACCAACUGGAGUUAGAGAUCAGGAAUAUGACUCUCCUGGUGCAGGAGUUGGAGUCACUAGAUAAAAACAAUAUCCUUGCAAUCCGUCGGGAAAUUGUGGCCCUGAAGAAUAGACUGAAGGAGUGUGAAGAGUUUAGAGGUCAAAACAAUACAGAUCCCUUUAUCCCACCUGGAAGCUGUGGGCAUGGAGGUGUGGUGAAUAUCAGUAAACCUUUCAUUGUUCAGCUAAACUGGAGAGGGGCUUCCUAUAUUUAUGGAGCCUGGGGGAAAGAUUAUACCCCACGAAAUCCGGAGAAAACCCUCUACUGGGUGGCCCCCCUGAACACAGAUGGAAGGUAUUUAGAGUAUUAUCGACUUUACAACUCUCUGGAUGACUUGCUGCUCUACCGACCCGCCCAAAACUUUCGAAUCAUGUAUGGAGAAGGCAGUGGUAUGGUCGUUUACAACAACUUCAUGUACUUCAACUAUCGUUCCACACGUGACAUUGCCAAGCUUGACUUAAACACCAACAGUAUUACUCUGAGAAAGACUCUUCCCAAUGCCGUUUAUAACAACCGCUUUUCCUAUGCUGGAGUCAAUUGGCAAGAUAUAGACUUGUCUGUGGAUGAAAGUGGACUGUGGGCUAUCUAUUCAACUGAAGCCAGCACUGGUAACAUUGUGAUUAGCAGAAUCAAUGACACUUCACUUGAGGUGCUAAACACUUGGCAAACCAUGCAGUACAAGCCAUCUGUCACCAAUGCUUUCAUUGUAUGUGGGGUUCUAUAUGCCGUUCGACCUAUGAACACCAGAGAGGAGGAGAUUUUUUACUACUAUGACACAAACACUAGGAAAGAGGGCAGACUGAGUAUCAUCAUGGACAAAAAGCUAGAGAAAAUACAGAGUAUCAACUACAACCCCCUUGACCACAAGCUCUAUGUCUAUAAUAAUGGUUACCUUGUGACUUAUGAUCUUUCAUUUCAACAGUUACAAUGACUUUGAUAAAUAGGAGGGGAAGAGUUAAAUUGAACUUUUCCUAAAAAAGUGAAAUGUUCCCAUUUCUUUGUGUCCUAUUUACUUAUAGCCAAGUUGAGUUUGCUUAAUAUUUGGAUCACUUUUUGUAUCUUCAAAAAUAUUUUAGGGGUUUGGGAUAGUAAUAUUUCCAAUGAAUCUUAUUCUUCCUAAUUCAGUGAGCAUUUUAAGUACCUACUGUGUGCCAAAUACUGUGCUAGUUGCUGACGAUAAAAAAAGAGACAAAAAUAAUAGUCCUUGCCCAAAGGAGCUUAUAUUCUAUUGAGAGUAUUUCAGCACACAUACACAGACAGGCAAAACCAAGAAAUCAACAGUAUUUCUAAGAGACAGAGGACAUGAACAACUGGGGAAUUCACAAAAGCCUCAUAUUGGGGAGAGUGCUCCACUUGACCUGUGCUUAUAGAAGUGUGUCUUGUAUCUCCUUGGCACAGCUAAGAAAAGAUGACUCUGUAAAUCCUUGGUCCAACCUAGCAGUGACUUUAACUAAUUGAAGAGAUUGAAUUUCUGAAAGAUGAAGCACUUAUAACACUUACCUCAUGCACAACACCAGUGCAUGAUAUCAAUGCUUCUGUCAUUCAUUGCAGUAGCUUAUUCUAGUCAAUCUCUGGUGACCUUUUUGACAUGGAAGGAAAGAAUUUAUAUAACUUAUAACUUAUAAGAGUUGCUUAUACCUUUAUUCAAUGUCCAUACCUUAUUUGCGUCCCCAUGGGGGGCUUCAAUCAUAAGGCUAGGGAUUUUGCAGAGAUCCAGAUUUAUCUGUGUAUGUGUCUGAUAACAGAGCGAUAAUGAUAACAACUGAAAAGUUGUACUGUGACCCAAAGGGUCUACCUCCAUUCUCCAAGGAAAGAAUGCAAUGACACAGGUGAUGUAAUUCUAACUGUAGUCCUUGAAGAAAUUAGUCACACAGUGCUAGAGACUUAGAUUAUAUCCCCUUUCUCUGUCACUGAUUUUUAGGGUAACCUAGAAAAUCACUUAACUAAAGCAUUGAAAGGUUAGACUUUACUAUGAAGAAGAAAGUAUAUGGCAUGGGACAAUGGCUAAAACACAGGCCCUGAAGCCAGGGGGAUCUGAGUUUAAAUCUGAACCAGGCAUUUAGUAGUUAUGUGAUCCUGGCUAAAUUAUUAAUCUGAUUGCCUCAAAGAAAGUAUUUGGCAGAUGCUCUGCUUUUGAUGUAUUGAGCUAUGGGACCUAUGCUAUAUCCCCUGCUUCUCCAUCAUGAUCUUGAUAACUAAAUAAAUUUUGGGACUAAGGCAUUGUCAGCUCCUUGAGGGACUAUAUCAAAUAUUUUCUCAUUCCCUGUGGAAUCUGGUAUAAUGUCCUUUAUUCUAUCAACAUACUGUUUUGAACUUGUGGAAAGGCACUUCUGUAGGUCACACAGAAUGUUGAAGAUUCAUUCUGUCUAUUUGCAGACAGCUUGCUGUAAGAGAUGGAAAUCUGAUCUUGGAUCCACCAUGACUUAGGUCUAUGUUCUUGCUAAUCUAUGAUCCAGGCCAAAACACUUGACCUCUGAUGAUUCUAGAACAGUUUCUAAGACUUUAAAUCACAGAUGAGGUACUGAAAUUGGUAAAGAAAUUUUCUUCAUCUGGAAAUUCCCUGAACUCAUAUAAUCAUGGUUCCAGUCCCUGUCCCUGUAGUGUCUACAGGCAAGCUACUUAACUCUUAUAUGCCCUGUUUCUCCAUCGAUAAAAGGAGGCUGACACAAGCCACCUAUCGCAUAACUUUGCAUAUAUGGCAGCUUUGAACAUAAGAAUCAAAGAGGCACCAGUCCAUUCUGUUUUGCUUUCUAUGGCACAGGCCAUAAAACAAAUAAAAUUAAAUUUUUUACUACUUGGCUCCUCAUAAAGUUUUACUUGUUUCAGGUGUAUAGGCACGUGGAUGAUGGUGUUACUGACAUAAGGUAUAGGGCUGAUGGUAAUAUUAAUCUACUUUGUUUCUGUGAUGUUUGAUUAUGUGAUAAUGUGAUUGAAAUGUAUUUGGAAAUUUUAAUGUGAACCUUUUUAAUUGUUUUAUUAAAUAUGUUAAAAAUAUGUUUUUCUCUUUCCCCUUUAGAAAUGUAGAAUGAUUAAGAAUAAAAAAAUCACUAUUUUUCUUGCUCUAUACUUAUUUUAUGGGAAAAGCUAUGGGGGAAAGAGGUGGAAUAUACCUUUUCAAUAUAUAUAUUUGAAUUGCCUCUGUUUACCUCUUAUGAUUGAGUAUGUAAAAAUAGGUCCUCAGAUUUCUGUUAAUAAAUUGUUAAAAGUGCA